UUUAAACAGGCAAAGGACAACAGCCGUCCGCUAGCUGGGACUGAGACUGAACGGAAGAAAACAUUUCUUUGUUGUUCAAAAUGUCCUCUGGAUAUUAAUUUCCCUGGUGCUAAUGGUCUGGGAGCGGGUGGUUGUCCAGCGCUCUGCACCGUGUGGCUAACCACAUAAAGGAAGAAAUGAACUUCCAGAGCAGUCGGAGAAGAGGAGAAGAUGGCAUCGCCAUGGUGAUUGACUUCCUGCUGUCGAAUGCCCGGCUGGUUCUAGGAGUUGGGGGAGCUGCCCUGCUCGGCAUUGCUACAUUGGCAGUGAAACGGCUGAUAGAGCGUGCAGGCCGGGCAGCUGAAGAUGAAAAGGUGGAGCAGAAGAUGGCUGAGAGCUGGGAGGAGUUGAGUUUAGUCUCUGCUUCCCCAACACUUCUCAGGAAAGAAAUAGAGGGGGUUGUGAUGAAGCAUGUUGCCAAGGCAAACAAACAGCAGAAAGGUGAUCUCUGCCAAAACCCUGAAAUCCCUGUUCCUGAAGUGCAGCCUAAAUCUCAGUCCAAGCCCAAGAGGAUCCAGCUGUGCGUGCUCAGUUUGCAGGAGCGCUUACAGCAGUACUAUCACACGAGGGCGCUACUUGCUCCACAUGAGGUCCAGAGAGCUCAGUCUGUGGCGCUGGACAUUUGCACCGAGAUCCAGGGCUUUCUUCACAGCCGUCACCCGGACAUGCCUUUGGGAGAGAUGAGCCUUGGAGGUUCUCUACUUGAUGAUUUGCAGGUGGUCAGUGCAGACCAUGCAUGUCUGCUGGUUCCUCUACAACUGGAGUCUUCACUGUGGCGCCUCAUCCCUGGAGAGGAGACGCUGCUCACACACCCUCUGCACUGGAUGGUCCGACGGGUCAAUCUGGAGUAUUUUCCGCGAGGACGGAGCUACUGGGACAGAUACCUGGUGGGGGGUUACCUGUCUGCAGAAACGGUUGUAAACAUGUUCAUUAAGGCGGUCAUGGAAACUGUGAACUGGCCAUCUAUCAGCGGCACUUUAGACUUAAUUGUCAGACCUGUACUUGGAGUAACUGACCUGAAACUGGAGGUCAGGUCAGAAAAUGAAAAUGAAGGAGCUGAGAGCAGCGACCAGCCUCUGUUCAUCUCCAUGUUGCCCAUACUGAUGGAGGGGGAUGUGAUCCUGACAGCUCAGCCGGAGCUCACGGCUCCCUGGGUGAACGCCUGGCACCUGUCUCUCUACCCCUGGGAGACUCAGCGUCUGGCCCAGCUCGACAUGGCCGACAGCGGCUGCCGCAGACUCGCACUUAAAAUCCUCAAGGCGGUGUGCAGAUUGAAUCCAGCUUUGCGACCGCUUGAAGCCGCCCCGCUGGCCAAUCUAAUCCUGCACCUCAGCGAUGGCGAGAGGGACUGGUCCGAUAACAGCCUGGACGUGAGAUUCCAGCAGUGCAUUACAGAGCUCAUUGGCUACCUAGAGCAAGGGGCAUUACACAGUUAUUUCAAACCAGCUGUCAAUCUGCUGAGCAGCUUGUCAGAAGACCAGGUCGACCAGAUGGGUUUUAUGCUCUACUGUGCAAUGUCAGAGCCUGAAAUACUGCUCAUAUAACCAUUUGCACAUCUAGAGCACUUUCCAUAUUCACUGGGAUGCAAAUAAAAAGGUAAAGUUGAAGUGACAAAAUGGUAGACCAUCAUGGAUUGAUGUCUACAGGACUAGACUGCUAAUUGAACUGAAGAAGUCGCAAGAGAAAGAGACGUGCCUAGGAAAUAUUAUUUAAACAAUCUGUGCAUCCUGAAGCAUUGUUUAAAGCAUUUUGGGAACUGCAUUUAAUUUUGUGAGAGUAUGUUUCACAGUUAGCAAGUGAUGGGAAGUAGCUGCAUCCACUUAACUUCAUUAGUUAACGUCAAGAGUGCAGUUUAUGGUUGAAGUGCUUGCUAUUUUUUUUAUUUAUUCCUCCGACAGUCCGUGCACUGCCUUUUUUCCAUAAAAUCCUUUAAAUGCUCUAACAGUACAGAACAAAAGUGAUGACCUGCAGAAAAAUCAGCCACAUUUGCUGUACCUAAUAAACCACUUGAUCUGAGCAAGCCUUCUUAACUUGUUAAUUUUAUCACACUGAAAGUUGAAACCUUGAGUUUUUGUUUUGGUCUGGUUCAGUCUGUUGCCAAUCUUGCCAAGUAAACCAAACUUCAAUCAUGCUUCAAUUUUCCACAUGAUUUAUGCAGUUGUUUUUAAAUAUAGUUUGGCUAUUGUAAGUAUAUUUCAGGUUGAGUGUUUGAUGGGUGUAAGAAUUUUAUUUUUAUUUUUGAUUGAACAGAAAUGCCAAUAAAGUUCAAAGUAAAGCAAUUGUGUUUGUUGCUAAGAUGCAACUUUAUUACAUUACCAAGUAAUGUAAUAAAGUAGUGUAAUAAAGUGAACUUUGUAGUUUGGGGAGCUGGUACGUGGUUUCCACUGGUAACAUUGCAUGUUUUUUUCAUAAGAGAAUUGAGAUCAGGUUACCAAUAAACAUGGAUAAAGUCCUCUUGGCCACACUCAUACCGAAAUCAAUUUCAAGGCUCAUUUCAUUUGUGUAAUUUGUAUGUCCUUGACUCUUCUCUCCUUGGUACUCUGACUUGGAAAUCAUUGCAAAACUAUAUUGAAAAUUUUAUUAGCAAGUGUGGAGAAGGCUCAAGAGGUAUAAGUAAGUUUACUGUAUACUGGUGUAACCUUUUGACAAACCUCCAAUAACCAAAGGGGGACAUGGCAU